AUGGCUCCCGACACCUUCGGCCGCACCGGGGCCAAAGGGCCAGGGCAGAGCUACGUCUACCAGCAGCCACAGGGUGGGCAGCAAGACUUGGCUGUGCAGGCCAUGAUCAGCUGCCCCACGGGAAGCAUUCGCACUUGGACGCCCCUGCGGAAGACGCGGGAGAUCCUGAACACCUUCCCAUUGCGAGUGGCAGAGCGUUUGCCCAACGUGUUCCACCUGGGCUUUCACAGCAAGCAGAGCUUCGGUGCUGCCAGCUAUUUCGUGACCAGCGCAACUGAGCAACCUUUGAACAUCAUGUUCGAUUCCCCACGCUAUUCCUCCAAACUGGCGAAUUUGCUGGAAGCAGCUGGCGGUGUGGAUUUGAUGGUCAUGAGUCAUAAAGAUGAUGUGGCGGACCACAACCGAUGGAAAGAACGCUUCCCGCAGAUGCGUCGCGUGAUGCAUUCUCUGGACGUGCGCGGUCCUGAUGCGUGGCCGUACAUCGACAUGACUGCGGUAGAAAAGCAGCUCGAGGGAGAUGGCCCUUGGACCUUAGCAGAGGGAGUGCGGGUGGUGCACACCCCGGGCCACAGUCUGGGCUCCAUCUGUCUGCUGCUGGCGUCCCAAGUCACCGGGGGAGAUCCAGCGAUCUUCACGGGAGACCACCUGGCCCUGAAUGGUCGCCUGGGGCGCUUGGACGGCUUCGCCCGUUAUGGUGAUGACUUGCUGCUGCAAGCGGAGUCCAUGCGAAAGCUGGCAGAGGAGGACUUCCUCUGGAUCCUCCCGGGCCACGGCCGCCGCGCCUCCUUCCGCAGCGCCGCCGAGCGCCGCGCCGCGCUGGCCGCCGCCGCGGACGCGUUUCGGGCGGAUCCCGCGGGCCACGGAGCGCCCGGCCCCGUGUUUCAGGAUUUCCAAGCCUUUCUCAAGAUCAGAAUAGCUUUGGCCAAUGAGUACAAGGAAGCGGUGAAGGAAAAGCGCUUGCGCGCCAGCGGCUCGUGGGAUAUCCAGGACCCCACGCUGAAACAGGAGUCGCGGCGCGGGCUGGGCCUGGGUCGUAUGAAACUACGCCAAAACAACACGCGCGCGUACCUGGCUGCUGUGGUCAAUGAACAGUCGAGGCAAAGACGAGAAUGUAACUGGUCUCAUAGCAUUGUGCUCGACGAUGCGAAGCUUGCUGACGUAGGCCGGAGAAUUUCCGAGAGCGAUGUCAAAGCUUCCAUCGAGCGAGCGCAGCGGGACUAUGCCAGUGUUCGAAAAGAGAUUGAACAAAACUUCUCCAAGACGUUUGAGAAGGCACUGGGGGAACUUGGUGUGGCACAACUGGUUCAUGUUCAUCGUGGCACCAUGGGCUCGCCGGAGAAAGAGAGUCACUGCCAGUACUUCGUGCUCUCCCCAGAAGUGGAACAUCGUGAGGUCCGCAAGGUGGAUGAGAAUACGGAUCUCAAUGUGGCCAGGACGGUGGUGAAGAUCUCCAAGGUGAAGACCAAGGCGCCUCUCUCGGCGAAGAAACCGGUGGUGACCACCGUGCGGCCCAGCACGCCCACGCGGGGCCGCCCCAACCUGCGGCCUUCGGCCGAGGCGAAGACGCCGGGACCCUUGACGGCGCGUUCACCUGUUACGCCCAAGACGGAGCCGCCCAUGCGCGCGCCGCUGACGGCGCGCACGCCCACGGCAUCACGCACGCCCAAAGUGCAGUCGCCACGGGAGAAGUGUUUGGAAGAAGAUGAUCUCACAGCCUCGGUGUGUUCGGGACACUUCAGCAUCUACUCGGAGGCCUCAGGGCAUUCGAGGCUCACGCAGCUCUCGCGGAAGAGCUUUUCCAAACGCAUCUUGAGUUCCAAGGAGAUUGAGGAGAUUCAGGUCAUGGAGAAGCGCCGGGAGCUGACUGCCAUGAUGCGUCGCAACCAGCUGAACUGUCGCAAGGCGCUGCAUGGCACUGAUCUCAGCAGCGCGGGGCGCAAGCAGAGCAACGCCAAGUUGACCGAACCCAAGGAGUUGCCUGGCACCCGGGUACAGAAGGAGCGCAACGACUUGGAGGACAAGUUGUUGGAGAAGUCCUGGUGGGGGAAAUUCGUGCAGAAGUUCCCCCGGCGCGCCAAGACUUUGGAGGAGUGCAAGAUUUGGAUCUAUCACAGCCAGGGAGAUUACCCUGUCCUUGUCUUCACUGCUGGUGAUGAUGAGAAGCCCAGCUACAUCUACGGCAAGCAGAUCUUUCGCCUCAGGAACCAAUGGGAUGAUGAAAGCACCACUUUUUGGGACGAAGACGCCCAAGUGAAUGGCCUUCUCGAUACCAUUGAUCCAGAUGCUGAGGAUGAGUUCAAGGCACUGAUGCCCGGAGAGAUCGAGGACGAUUUCAGCUGGCCUCCCAUGCCCGAGUUCACUGCUGAAAUGCAGGCCUUGGUGCACCGCCAUGUGCUUCCAACGGUGAAGGCGUUGGAUCGGGCUGAAAAUGAACAGUCUGGCAUCGAGGAAUUGGGUUUCAUGUAUGGUGAGGACUGGCCCAUGGAGCCAUCCACAGACAAGAGCGGCGAAGCCGUGCGCUGUUGGAAGAACGAACUACGGGGCAUGGACCGCAAGUCAUUGCUGCGUCACUUCAAAGCGCUGCAGUUGUUGGACGCCAGCGCCACAUGA